AUGUUAGGAUUAAUAACGAUUACAAGCGUAUUCCGAAAUUGGUGGAAAAGUUCAGAGCAGAAAGAGGAACAGUCUGUGAAUAAUGGAAGAAGUACUAAAGCACAAAAAAAAUUUAAUUUCGAUGAACCACCAAUUUCCUUGGAAACAAUAAUGGCAGAAUUCAAAUUAUCAAAUGAUACGCUUCGUCAAAUGAUGGCGCAUAUGUCCCGUAAUAUGGACAAGGGUCUUGAAGGUGGACCCGAAAAUAGUACCAUAUCAAUGUUGCCAUCUUUUGUACCCGAAUUACCUGAUGGAACAGAAGAAGGUCGAUUUAUUGCAAUGGAUUUGGGUGGUACCAAUUUGCGCGUAAUGUUAAUGGAUAUUGUGCAAGGUGAAGAGCUUAAAACACAACAAUUCAAUACACGUAUACCAAAUUGGGCUAUGCGUGGUACCGGUGAACAGCUGUUCGAUUAUAUAACAAAAUGCUUAGCAGAAUUUUUGAUUGAAAAAGGUAUCCAAAAUGAUGGCUUACCGGUAGGAUUCACAUUUUCCUAUCCGUGUGAUCAGAAAAAUUUACGGUCUGCUACACUGCUCAGGUGGACAAAAGGUUUUGAAACAACAGGUGUGGUUGGAGAAGAUGUUGUGGAACUUCUUGAACAAUCUAUCGCUAGAAGAGGUGAUAUUAAAGUGAAGGUGGUAGCAUUAAUUAAUGAUACCGUUGGUACAAUGGUAGCGGCUGCUCAUGGAAAUGAUGGUGAAUGUCAUAUUGGUGUCAUUAUUGCAACUGGCACUAACGCUUCAUAUAUGGAAGAUGCAUCAAAAAUCAAAUAUGGCUUAUCAAAAGCUACAACUGAAUACAAAUAUCCGAAAAUGAUUAUUGAUACGGAAUGGGGUGGCUUCGGUGAUCAUUCGGAAGCUGAUUAUAUAUUAACGCAAUAUGAUAAAAUUGUUGAUAGUCGAUCGGAGCAUCCAGGCGUUAACAC